UGAGGUCUUAUUUUUUUUUUUAAUUUCUAAAGAGAAGCAGGGAAAGAUAAAACUGGCAGACAGGGAGACCACAGCUUCAUGCUGCCUGAGUCUUCUGAGCUGUCUGCAGUAACCAACAUGUCCUGGAUUUUGCUUUCUGGGCUCUGUCUCAUCAUUCAAACUCAAGUAAUAGCCAUAAAGCAAACUCCUGAAUUUAACCUCCAUGAAAUAGUUCAUCCUAAAAUGCUACACAAUUUAUCCAAAAGAGGAAUCGAGAAUAACCAGACAGAAAAACAAGGCAAAGAGGAAACUUAUAUAUCUGAAGUUCAAUAUCUGAUUAGAGUAAAUGGAGAAGAAGUCAUUCUUCAUCUACAAAAAGCCAAGCAUGUCCUGGGGCCAGACUACACUGAAACGUAUUACUCACCCAGAGGAGAAGAAAUAACCGGGAGCUCUCAGAACAUGAAACAUUGUUACUAUGAAGGUCAUAUUCUGAAUGAAAAGGAUUCUAUUGCCAGCAUUAGCACCUGCGAUGGGCUGAGAGGUCACUUCACACACCAUGGCCAAAGAUACCUGAUCAGGCCUCUGCGAAGAGCUGACCAGAAUGAACAUGUGGUCCUCACCUACAAUCAGGAGGAAGGAGACAUGGCUAAUCGCACGUGUGGUGUGAGGAGACUGGGCAGGAGACAGAGCCGUCGUAGGCUAUCUAGGUCCCUGGGAAGUGUAAAGCCAGAAGACUUUCUUCAGAGACAGAAGUACAUUGAUCUCUUUUUGGUACUGGAUAAUGCCUUUUAUAAGAUGUAUAAUGGGAAUCUCACCGUGAUAAGAAGCUUUUUGUUUAAUGUGCUGAACCUACUCAAUGUGAUAUAUAACACAAUAGAUGUUCAGGUGGCUUUGGUUGGUAUGGAAAUCUGGUCCAGUGGUGACAAGAUCAAGGUGGAACCCAACAUGGGCAACACGUAUAACAGUUUCAUGAAGUGGCAUAGAUCUAACUCAGGGAAACAGAAGACCCAUGACCAUGCUCAGCUUCUCAGUGGAAUUGGCUUCAACAAUCGGCGUGCAGGAUUGGCAGCCUCGAAUUCCCUGUGCUCCCCAGCUUCGAUUUCUGUCAUUGAGGCUAAAGAUAAGAAUGAUGUGUCUCUCGUAGCAGUGAUGGCCCAUGAGUUGGGCCACGUCCUUGGUAUGCCUGACAUUCCAUAUAAUACCCAGUGUCCUUCUGGCAGUUGUGUGAUGAACCAAUAUCUGAGUUCAAAAUUUCCAAAGGAUUUUAGUACCAUCUGCCGCUCACAUUUUCAAAAUUACAUUGUAUCUCAAAAACCAAAGUGUCUGCUACAAGCACCUAGUCCUAAAAAUAUAAUAACAAAGCCAGUGUGUGGGAACCAACUUCUGGAAGUAGGAGAAGAUUGUGAUUGUGGUUCUCCUAAGAAAUGCACUGAUCCUUGCUGCGAUGCGCGGACCUGCAACCUUAAAAGUGAACCCAGCUGCAGAAAAGGUGCCUCCGGCCGUGUCACAAAAUGAAUCACAGCCUACUUCAUUGAGACGCAACUUUGCGACACUCAAGGACUUCAACCGUGCCCGGCAUCUUAUAUUUUCAUUGCUGGCAUUGUCUAUAUCUUGCUUUCUGCAUUUGUGAAUUCAACCAACGACUGAGUGAAAAUAUCUGAGAGAAAAUAAUCACUUUUGUACUGAACACAAGGACUUUUAUCUUGUCAUUAUUGUCUUUAAAAAUCAGUACUACAACUAUUUUUCAUAUUAUCGCCAUUGUAUUAGGUGUUACAAGUAACGUAGAAAUGAUUUAAAGUAUAGAGCAGAAUGCGUGUAGGUUAUAUGCAAAUACUGUGUCAUUUUAUGUAAGGGGCCACGGCUUUCACAUAUUUUGGCAUCUGUGGGGGUCCUGGGAAGAAUCCCUGCUGAUAGUGAUAGAUGUGUUUCACUUGUCAUUCUCCUCUUUGUAUUUUUACCAGCCAACCAUUAAAUAGAUGUACUUUGAAAAGUUGCCUGUGUAGUUAGACCUAACCAUCGAUGUGUUUCUAAGAGGUAUGAGACUAUGCUUGGCUCUGUCCUUUGGAGAACAGAGAAAGAAGAUGACCUUUGACUAAAGAUCUCAAAAUGUAUGACCGAGUUACACAGAGUCAAUCCAGAAUUGUAAAUACAAGCGAUUUGCACUAUAACUUUUUCCUUUUACUAACAUAAUCUAGGAGUACUUGAUAUGGGAAGGCUUUAUAUUCCCCUUGCCCCGCCUUUGUGCUCCUCUCCACGCUCUUCUAAUGCAUGCAAAGAUUAAUUAAGUACGAACAUUUCUCCUUUUACCAGAUAUGAUUCUUUGCCUAUGUCUUUCAUUAUGAGAUAUAAAGUAUAAUUUGAGAGGCCUUCAUUGAGUCAGGCAAGAAGACUUUGUUCAUCUAUUGAUUUAAUAAAUCAUAUACUAUCAAUAAAACUACAACUUUUCAA